GAUAAGUGCUGCUCUCAGCUGCAAAUCAGGAAAAACUCCAGUGACUGCAGUGGAAUUACUUUGGAUUUGCAUCACUGUCACAGAGAAGGACUUGGGAUUUAGAACUUGCAGGCCUGUGGAAAGCAAAUCUGCCCACAUUCCUCCUGAACAAGAAGUUUACUUACAAACCUGGAAGCAGGUUAAUUCAUUAUUCAGAGGAGACUAGAUAGAAGAUGACUGAUUGCUGAGGGAGCAUGGAAGCUCAGCCAACGCCACUGAAAAGAAGGCAGCUUGUGAUGGGGCUGCGGUUGGUGUAAAGUCUCCCUUGGUGUCAUCCGGGAUUACCAGAAAGCCAGCCUCAACAGAUUCUCUUUGGGCUUCUCCAUUAGAAUAUUCAACAGUCUUUUCUCUCCUCACGGGAAAAUGGCCAAGGGGAAGGCAAAAGGUCCCAAAGGAAAAAAAAUCACCUUGAAGGUUGCCAAAAAUUCCAUCAAGAUCACAUUUGACGGAAGACGCCGCCUUGACUUGAGCAAGAUGGGCAUCACAACCUUCCCCAAGUGCAUCCUCAAGCUGGCUGAUGUAGAUGAGCUGGACCUGAGCAGGAACAUGCUCAAGAAAAUCCCUGACAGUAUCGAGAAGUUCCAGAACCUGCGCUGGCUGGACUUGCACAGCAAUCAGAUCGAGAAGCUGCCAGAGACAAUAGGCAUGCUCCAGAACCUCAGCUACCUGAAUGUCUCCAAUAACAAGCUGACCUCCAAGAACUUGCCAGUAGAACUGAGCCAGUUAAAGAACCUCCGCUCCCUCAACCUUGGCCUUAAUCAGAUCGACAACAUCCCCACCACACUAGGGGCCCUGAAGGAGCUACACGAAGUGGGGCUCUUUGACAAUUACUUGACAGCCAUCCCAAACAGUGUGGCAAAGCUCCCAAAACUUAAGAAGCUGAAUGUGAAAAGAAACCCCUUUCCCACACCAACAGAUGAAGAAUUGUUUGUCGACACCAUCAAGCGCAUUGAAUCACUUUACUUAGUGGAUGAGAAAGACUUGUGCCAUCCCUGCUUGAAGAAGUGUCAGGAUGAGAGGGACAAGCUGAAUAAGCUGAAGAGCAGAGUGCCUAGCUCCCUACGAAAGCCAAACUUUUCUUCCCUCAUGACACCCAACUCUACAGCAAAGGAAAACCAAGCGGAGUGGAGAUGAGGAGGCAGCAUCCCACAGGCCGCACUAAACCUGUGAUGUCACACACAGUCUGGCCAGCCCAAACCAAUA